GGCUCGCGUUGGGUGGGCGGGCCGGCUGGGGCAGGGCAGCGGGCUGCGGGCGUCGCUGGCCAUCUGGAGGGCGUGUCCCGGGGCGCAGGCGCUGCAAGACGCCCCGCUUGGCCUCUGAGGCCGGGUGCACUUGGCCGUGGCUGCUGGCUCGGGCAUUAAAGCCACCGUCAGCGCCGGUUCAGGGCGMCCUCCCAUUCCAGCCCCAAAGCCACCCAUCCUAGAGGGCCCUGGAUGGAAAUUUGGAAGAAAGCCUGGUCCAGUCCGGAGGCCGAGGGCCCUCCGGGCUUCAGAAGGACGUCUAGGCGAACGCUGGACGUCGUGGACGGUCCGUAAAAGGGUGGGAAAGAACAGAAUCUGUUACCACCCAGUCCUUCUCUGGAGACCUCUGCAGCAGAAAGGCUCGGGAGCGAGCGUCCCCACGUCCCAACCCUGGCCCUCCCGGCGUCCAAGGCCCACCCGGUGAACAAACUGAAGCUCACAGAAUUGAAGUGCCUCAGAGCUUUUAUUGGCUAGUGUCUGGGUUCUAGCCAGGCUGUCUGGUUUUAAAGCCUGUGUUGACUCCCAAAUCUGGAUCCAAGCAGAAUAAGCAUGUAGCUUACAAGAAUGAUUACAAAGCCAUGUACUUAAACCAACUCACCUGACUGCCUCCCAAAAAAUGGUGUCCAGUUUUCAGAGUUGUUAAAGUCACUCCAACCUCUAGGGUCCUCCAGGUCCUAGUCCUGCAGGGACAUGCCAAAGCCCCGAGGGCAGAAGAUUGCAGUCUAAGAAAGACCACGCAAUUGCCAAGCCUCUCAUUGGAGGUUCUGGCAAUUUCCUCCCCAGAAGUGGACAAGACCAGUUGGUCGUGCAUCAUCAUGCCUCAGCAGCUCCUGAUCACCCUGCCCAAGGCCAGUACCUGGGUGAAGUUACACCAUCCAAGGAAGGCCAAGGAGGAGGCGCCCUCAUGGGAGGAUGUAACUAAAAUGUUUGAAGAAGAAGUUCUGCUGUCUCAGGAUGCUGCUGAGACCCAGGAAGAAAGUUUAGAGGAUGAAUUGACCCCUGACCUCCUGACAGCAGAACCCCAGGAACUGUUGACCUUCAAGGACAUAUUUGUGGACUUUACCCAGGAGGAGUGGGGGCAUUUGGCCCCUACUCACCGGAAUUUGUACCGGGAUGUGAUGCUGGAGAACUAUAGGAACCUGGUGUCAGUGGGAUAUCAGUUUUCCAAGCCUAGUGUGAUUUCCCAGUUGGAGAAAGGAGAAGAGCCAUGGAUGAUACAGAAAGAAGGCCCAGGAAAUGACGUUUCAGACUCAAAGAGUAAAACAGGAACCAAUGAGUCAACUGCAAAGAAUGACAUUUCCCAGGAACAUUUGUAUCAUGACAUUAUGAUGGAAAGGUUCAUAAGGGAUGAUAUCAUUUAUUCCACAUUGAAAAAAGUUUCCAGAUAUGAUGAUGUGUUAGAAAAGCACCAGGAAACCUGUGGAAGAAAUGUGAGACAAGCCAUUUUGACCCACAAGAAGAGAGUCCAAGAUGUUCACAAAUAUGGGGAAAUUAUUGUGAGUUCAAAUAUUUUGGAACAGAAGCAUCAUAAAUGUGACACACCUAGAAAGAGGAAAAAAUACAAAUUAGAUUUGAUUAAUCAUCCAAUAAGUUGCAUAAGAGCAAAAAUCUAUGAAUGUAAUAUAUGUGAAAAAAUGUUCAAACAACCCAAUCAUCUUACUGAACACAUGAGAAUUCAUACUGGCGAGAAGCCUUUCAGAUGUAAGGAAUGUGGAAGGGCCUUUAGUCAAAGUGCAUCUCUUAAUACACACCAGAGGAUCCAUACUGGUGAGAAACCCUUUGAAUGUGAGGAGUGUGGCAAAGCCUUCAGACAUCGCUCAUCUCUUAAUCAGCAUCAUAGAACUCACACUGGGGAGAAGCCUUAUGUAUGUGACAAAUGUCAGAAAGCUUUCAGCCAGAACAUUAGCUUGACCCAACAUCUAAAGACUCAUUCUGGAGAGAAACCUUUUACUUGCAAUGAAUGUGGGAAAACCUUUCGACAGAUUAGACACCUUAGUGAACACGUAAGAAUUCAUACUGGGGAGAAGCCCUAUGCAUGUACUGCAUGUUGUAAGACCUUUAGUCAUAGAGCAUAUCUAACACAUCACCAGAGAAUCCAUACUGGUGAAAGACCCUACAAAUGUAAGGAAUGUGGAAAAGCAUUUAGACAGAGGAUACACCUUAACAACCAUAAAACUGUCCAUACAGGAGUGAAAGCAUAUGAAUGCAACCGCUGUGGGAAAGCCUAUAGGCAUGAUUCAUCCUUUAAGAAACAUCAGAGACAUCACACUGGAGAAAAACCUUAUGAAUGUAAUGAAUGUGGAAAAUCCUUCAGCUAUAAUUCAUCACUAAGUCGACACCAUGAAAUACACAGGCGGAAUGCCUUCCGAAGUAAUGUGUAAAAAAAUAUUUAUUUGAUGAGCACAAAAGCCACAUCUGAAUCAGUGAUUCUUAGCUUUAAAAUUUCAGGACUCAAAUAAAUUUGAGAAGUUGAUUUAAUGAUGGCAACUUUAAAUUUUGCCUGUUGUGUAAAUAAACAUUACAUUAAUA